AUGGUCAAAUCUAUCAUCUCACCAUCAAUCCUUGCAUCAGACUUUGCUAAUUUAGGAUGCAAUUGUAAAAAAGUGGUGGAUACAGGAGAUGUCGACUGGUUACAUUUGGAUGUAAUGGAUGGACACUUUGUUCCCAACAUUUCGUUUGGCGCUCCAAUCAUUGAAAGUUUGAGAAAACGAUUUCCAAGAGAUAGCGGCAAGCCAAUUGUAUUUGAUUGCCAUAUGAUGGUUUCAGACCCUGAGCAAUGGAUUGAAGAUAUUGCCAAAGCUGGAGGUGAUUCGUACACAUUUCAUUACGAGGCAACCAAAGAUCCAGCAGCUGUGAUUGCCAAAAUCAAGAAACACGGUUUGAAAGCUGCCAUGGGUAUCAAACCAAACACCCCAGUCGAGGUUGUCUAUCCGUAUGCAAAAGACUUGGAUAUGGUGCUAGUUAUGACUGUUGAACCCGGAUUUGGCGGUCAAAAAUUUAUGCAAGAUAUGAUGCCAAAAGUGGAAACAUUGAGAGAAAAAUAUCCUCAUUUGGAUAUAGAGGUUGAUGGUGGAUUAGGUAAAGAUACCGUCAAGCCUGCAGCAUACGCUGGCGCAAAUGUCAUUGUUGCAGGUACCUCUGUAUUCAAAGCUGACGAUCCAAAGGAGGUCACCCAAUUCUUGAAACAAAUUGUUGAUGAAAGUAUAUUGGCUAGAGAAAAGUAG